AUGGCAACGAUUCCUGAGAUUGAGGAUUCAAAGUCGGAGCAAAGAGAAUGUUUGUGCAUUAUAACAGUUCAUCCACCUGUGAGGCAAAGACAGACGGGCUGGUUGCUUAAUGGGACACAGUGCUAUUAUUUCUCCCCCAAAAGACUCCAACUAACCUGGAACAGCAGCAAAGAGAAAUGUCGGAGCUUCAGUGGAGACCUGAUCAAGAUCGAGAGCACAGAGGAACAGGAGUUUCUGGAUGGUACAGUUCAACAUCUGAUGGCUGACAGGAUCGACAGAUUUUGGAUUGGACUGACAGACUUUGAGACAGAAGGGAAAUGGCUGUGGGCCGAUGGCUCUCCACUGGACCAGAGUUUACAAUUUUGGAUGAAAAAUGAGCAUAACACUGAACCAGACAACUGGAAAGAAGAAGAUGAAGAUGGAGAAAACUGUGCGACUAUGGGAGAGACCGAUUACAUAAAUGGGAUAAAGUCUUGGUACGAUGUUUCCUGCAAAAAGAAGAUGAGGUUUAUCUGUAAGAAAAGAGCCACCAGAUCAGCUGCAUGUGGAUAGAAACACAAUACAAACGCUUUGUCGUGGUUUUAAGUUAAAGCACGAGGCCUUUGUGAGUGUUUAGCUAUGAGUAGAAGAAAAGAUUUUAGGUUUUUUGCUUCAUGCAACUUACAUUGAGACAUUAAAGGUGCAUUGUGUAACUUUUUCUGGUGGAGGGUCCAUCAAAAGCUUUUCUCCAUGAAGAGGUUAUUGCUUUGUCUGAAAUGUUUCACAGUAUGUUAUGAAACCUUUUUAUCAUCAAGGAGACCAAACCAGACCAAGUUCAAAAUCUGUGGAGAGGCGACCCCGCUCACAGUCAGAAUGCCUGUUUUUUAGGCAUUUUUGAGCUUUAAAACCACCUGUAAUUGAAUAAAUAUAAGGUAGAGCUGUUUAAUGUCAAACUGUGAAAGGCAGAGCAAUGACAUCGCCAUAGAAACAAGCAGGUGAUGGACCCUCCACCAGAAAAGUUACACAAUGCUCCUUCAAAAUACUGUAGCAUAUACAGCUAUAAUAGUUUAACAACUCUUUAUACAAGGUAUUUUAUUUGAAGGUGUGUAAGUUCUUUUAGUGACACAUAUCUGUAAAUUACAUCAUUAUUCACCAAAGCAACUGUGGUUUAUGAAAAAUUAUUGACCAAAUUAAAGUGUCGUCAUAUGAAUAUGAAACAUGUAAUGAGUCAUUAAUGUAUUAGCAGCAUGAAACUAUUAUUUUAAUAAUUAACCUAAAAUGAAAACAAAUACUAUUGAAAAGGUGCAGUGAAUAUGAGAUAAAGAUGUGAUCUAUUCUCAGAGAUGAGAUCAGGCUUUCCUACACUUAUCUUAAGUUAUGAAGAUAUAAAUGGAAGUUUGGAUGACUUAUUAGAUGCCAGCUCUGUGAGGUCCCCGACUCACUGAGGAGAGUGGAGAUGGGCUCAUGGUUUCGAGGUCUGAUGUCCUCAUCUGGUCCCAACAACAGAGUGUGGUUCUUCAUGUUUUGACAUGUUGCAGCUGGUGAAAGUCACAUGCAUCCACAUGGGACUAGUGAUUGUCUGAAAAGCAGAUUCAUCUAUGAGAAAGAAGCAGGUUGUCAGCUGUGCUCUCUGUUUUGUUAUAAUUUUACCAUGAAUACAUCAGUGAAU